GGUGCUCAGUGUUGAGAAGUUCCGGAAAGAUAUAGUCGGACUCACCACAACACAUGGCCCAGGCUCUGCAACCAAUCUUCUUGAGAUGGGCAGGAAUCUGAUCCACUCUGAUUGCCCGAGUAGACAAAAGAACACUGCUAUGAGAGUAGCGAUGCAGAUGUGCUGUGUGUGCGUGCGUGAGUGAGCGAGCAAGAGUGAGAACGAGUUGGAGCACGUGCGAGAGGUGCAGGACGUGUGAGCGGAUUGAAGCAGGAGACGACUUUACUGUACAUUGGAGUGAUUAAAAAAGUAAAGUCGCAACGUAUCACCACCCAACUCGGAGUGUUUGUGUUCUCCACUGCGGUGAAACGUGAAGGGGGUUAAUCCUGAAGUGAUCAAUCUGAGCUGCAAUUCGGCCCCGGAGACGACUUCUCCCCUGUGGUGGUCGACUACGGUCUGGCAUCCGGACAGAGUAAAGUAUAAAUUCCAACCCACAUUUCGUUCCCGGAGUAAAUUCUGAGACACUCACUGACUUCUGGCCACCUUGCAUCUGGGAAAAAGUCAGAGAUGGGGAGUGAACAGAGCACGCUGGCAAAGGAAGGCUUUGUGAUUUCAAAGGAAGCUGAAAAUUAUGUUGUUGCUACAAAGGGUGAUGACACAUUUUUCAUUAAGAAGAUCCAUGGACAGCAGGGAAUGGUGCAAAGCAGCCAAUAUGCCACCCCCAGACAUCAAGGGAAACUAACUACCGCACCCUUAACGUCAGAGAUACAAAUCCUUAAGACAAUACGCCAUCCACAUAUUGUGAACAUCAAGGAGACUUUACAAGAUGGAAACAUUAACUAUGUUAUGAUGGACUACUGUCAAGGAGGGAACCUUGCUUCAAAGAUCAAAGAAACGACACAAGAUUCUCUACAAGAGUCUGAGGUACUGAGUUGGAUUGUUGAGAUCUGUAUGGCUCUGAAAAUCAUUCAUGAAAAAGGGUUGCUUCACAAAAAUCUGAUUCCGGAGAAGGUAUUCCUGACAGGAUGUGGAAUCUUGUGCUUGGGCGGAUUUGGAAAGAUUCAUGAAACGUCAACCACAAAUUCAAAUGAAGCCAUAAAUUACCUCCCACCUGAAGUCUUCACAAAGGGGACCUAUGAUUCAAAAAGUGACAUCUGGUCUUUGGGAUGCAUACUCUAUGAGCUUUGUACGAAGAAGCCAGCGUUCUCUGCAGAGACUCCAAUCAGGCUUAUGCCGAGAAUAAUUGGUGGUCAUUGUCCAACCCUCCCAGAGGAUUUCUCACCAGAACUGUGUCAAUUCCUGAUUGAUAUGUUGCAAAAGGAACCUCAUGAAAGGCCAUCAGCCAAUGAGAUCUUGGAGCGUCCUUUCAUUUUAUGUGCUCUCUCAACAAAGUGCAUAACAACAGUGAAGGAACUCCAGGCCAAGCUGAAGGCAUUGAGGGAUCUGGCUGAUGGUUUGGAGCGUGUUCAUGAAGGCACCACCAUCGGCAGCCUUGCAGGAGGAGUGAUUGGAGCAGCGGGAGGAAUUACAUCAAUCGUGGGGCUUAUACUGGCCCCUUUUACUUUGGGAGCCUCUCUUAUUGUCACAGGAGUUGGUGUGGGGGUGGGUGCACUAGGUGGACUCACUGCCGGUGUCUCAAACAUAACUAAUAUGGUGAACCAAUCCACUGAUCGCAAAGCUGUUCACAGUAUCAUCAAAGAGUUUGAACAGAAAAUCAGUGCAGUUGUCACCUGGCUCCAGGAGAUUAGCUACAGCCUACAGACAAUCAGUAGCCGAUAUCCACAAACAUGUGAAGGUGAUGGCAAUUUCAGAGAAGAAAACCUGAGGCGGCUUGGUUUAAGGGCAGGAAGAGGCUUGAGCGGCGUCACUGAACUCAUUCGACUAGCUAGAGUGGUGAACAUUGGCAGAAUUGCUGCUCAAGCAUCCAGGACGGUCCGUGUUGCAGAAGUAGCAACAGGUAUACUUUCUGGUUUGUUCAUAGCAGUAGACAUCUUCUUCAUUGCCAUGGAUGCAAAAGAGAUUCACAACAUGAAACAAGAUAGAGCAGCAAAACAGCGAGGUGCAACUUCUUCCAGUUCAGUGUCUGAUACUGAUGACUCUGUGUCAAUCUCUGAAAUCACAGGAUCGUCCACCUCAUUGCUGCAAGAGUCCAACACUGCUGAACACACACAAAACCAGUCUUCCCCAAAGAAAGCUCAGAUGAAAACUGAGAUCAUGAAAUUCAUUCUAUCAGUGAGGGAGGCAGCAGAUAGCUUGGAAAAAGUCUUGGUUGACCUAGAAAGCAUAAUUGCACAAAUACCUUUAUUUCCAGAAGAGAUACUGGAAUAGAUUCAUAUUACAUUAAUAUUACCUUUAGGGUAUUAUUAAUGUAAAGUGCAAUAAGUCACUCAUUGCAGAUACAUGUUAGCUCAAGUUAAGUGUUACGUCAGCCAUGCCAUUUCUAUUUGACCCUCUGUUAGCCUUCUGAUUGGUCCCUGACUGACCAUUCUGUAUAUCCGGUUGGACAAAACAGCCGUCUCUUUCAUUCACAUCAAUGGAAAAAACAGUUUUUACUUGCCUUGUAUCAUUAUUGAAAUCACUGGAUUAUUUUUUUUAAAACUUUGUAUUUGUAAAAGGGACACUUGGGGACAAACUCCACACAGUGCAGUCGACUCUGCAGCAGGCUACAACCCAUAGCUAUAUUUAUUCAUUUAUUUAUCUUACAGUAUUUCAGUGGUGUACUCGGUGACACCCGCUACCCAGAGAGAAUCACAGGAAUACAUUUAAUCCCCAAACCAACGGUAAAUAACGAAAACUGCCUGCUUUGGAUAAAGUUAUAUGGACGGCCAGACUUGCAGUUCAACCCUUCCACCAUGCUAUCAGCUAUACUCAUCAAAAUAUCUAGUUUUUUCCAAAAACCACAGUUUUUUAAACUCACUACACAGUACACUAAGUUUUCCUUUUUAUUUAUAUCUAGUUGCUGUUGAUUUUCCUUGGUACAAUAAUUGGAAAUGUAGGGAUGUUAAACCCCUUUUUUACAAUGGAAUUGGAUGGGAGAGAUGACAGCUUUGUCCAACCUACUGUAGCAACGGGGGCGGCGCUUGACAAUGGGUCAAUUAUCAACCUCAUAUGUAAUACAUUAGUCACACUGUAACUGUGGGCACGCGCACGCGCGCACACACACACAAAUAUGGCAACUCUCAUGGUUAGUUGCGUGGAGGAGGGACUUUGAAGGUAUCUUCCCAGAUUAUCAACAGCCAAUGAGAUUUCUUCCUGCUUGCUAAGCAUGUGCGCCACAUGCUUUGAAACAUUCUUGUGUCCAUGUAGUUUCAUGGGCUAGAACUUACUGUGUAGCUGCCAUUCCGGGUGAAGGAUGCUGAGAAUGUCUCCAGUGCCUACUUCUAUCCAGCAAUUUUAACCCAAAUUCAACAUUUGAGAAUCAAUGUCAAACAUUUGUACUGUUUAUAUAGCAGAGGUGGCAGA